UAUUUAAAAGUCUGCCGAGGAGGAGAAGGGCUCGUAGGAGAAACUUCCCAGAGUCGGCAGGAAGGAAGGUGAAAGACUUGGCCAUUCGGAUCCACCGAUCACCAUGAAACUCUUUGCUCUACUCUUCGCCGUGGGGCUGCUGAGCGUGGCCUUAUCACUGACACCAUCGGUGAGGUGGAAAUCUACACGGAGGACCUGCGUUCCAAGUUUGGCCCCUAUACCCAGGAACUGCAGGAGCGCCUAGUGACCGAAGUGUCCGCCCUGACUGGGAAGCUGAGAAACGACAUGGAAGAGACCAAGGCCAAGUUGCUCCAGUAUUCCCGGGACACCCAACUCGUCAUCGACCACAACGUGGACAACGUGAAGUCCCAGUUCAACCUGCUGUUGCGCAAGAUGAAGAAGCGCCUCACCAAGGACGCCGAGGAGCUGCGUCAGAAGCUGAGGGCCUACACCGAAGAGAUGAGGACCAACGCGGAGGAAAAGGUCAGCUCCGUCCGUCAGAACCUGGAGCCCUACUUCUCCAACGUCCGCGAAAAGGGGCAGCAGCGGAUCCAGGCCCUGCAACAGGCCAUCGGCGAGCAAGGCCGAAUGGUCCAAGAGCAGCUCAACAGCCGCGUCCAGGAGCUCAAGAAACAGUUCCAGGAGAGGCUCCAGGAAGUGAAAAAUGCCUUUGACCAAGCCGUUGACAAACUCCGCCAGUUGGUCAACCCCAUUUUGGAGGACAUAGGCGUCCAAGCAGAGACCGGGGUGGAAGAGAUCAACCAGGAAGCGUGAGAUGGCCCUCGAUCACCUUCAGCGAUGCUCCCGCUUCGUCUCCUUGGAAACCGAGGGGAACCUCAAAGCUUUGAGGGCCUCUGGGUUGAGAUGGGUCUUUCUUGACAGGCCAGCCAUGUAUUAACCUAACCUUCCCAACUGGUUGAGAGCCCUCCAGAUGUGUGGCGUGAUGUCCUCCAGUGUUGGGCUAGCAGGCUGACACAUCUGGAGAGAGCACCAUGGGGGGAGUGGGAGUGGGGAAAGACUGCACUAACCACAUGCUGCUUUGCACAAAAAUCCCAUCAUCCCCUUGAACGAGAGGCCGCCAUUUGGCCUUUCUUAACUUUCUCUCCCCUUUCCGGUCUCGUAUUAACUCAAGUUCUGUGUUGCACUUGUGAAUUCAUCCUAGAAAGACCCUGGGACGAUUCCUGAUCCCCAUUUUCCCCUUCCCACUGUAACAUCCUGCCUUCCAGAUGUACUUCACCACUAUUCUUCAGCUUAGCUGGUGUUUUGAUCUGUAACAAUAAAAUAUACUUUGGAUAUGAA